AUGCCUCAUGAAGAAUGUUUACAUGGCUCUACAGUAUCAGAUCUUCUAUUUAGGCAAUUUGGUAUGGAGGGAUGUUAUUAUGUAAAAAUUGCAACCAUAAAUGCGUAUCCAAACCAAUAUGACAAUGAUCAAGGUCUAGCAGGUGAUGAGACUAUACUGGAUACUCAUGAUAUUCAUUACCAUCUAAAGGAAAGAAGUUAUAAAAGGGAAGCGCAUCCUCUCCUGUUUUCAGGGAUAAUUUCAGGCUAUCCUCGAGUUGUAAAACGUUGCUCAUCAUGUGAUGACCACAUUAUCACAAUAUCACAAGUGCUUCAAGUUCAACUUAUGAUUCCAAGCCAAUGUCUAGCUGAUGAUGUAGAAAUAGCGCUAACGGUUUAUUACAUAGAUCCUCCAUACACUGAUAAUUUACAGAUGAAGAACGACGAUGGCUAUCUGAUUUAUGUAUCACCAAUUAUUCGCCUUGAACCGAUGGAUUGUUUUACUAAUGAAACAUUACGGCAAAUUCCUAAGGAUUUUAAGUUCACAUCGCUUUCAGCAGCCGAGCUCGAAAAGCAAAUUAUGGAGAAUGGUCUAUAUCAAAUCACUUUUAACGAAGACGGCCUAAAUUGUAAAAAUAGUAAAUUGUUAGAGCAGACUAUUAAUAUCAAUUGGAAUGUAACACUAUGCUAUUAUCUCCAUUACCAAUGCUUUAUUAUAAGUCCAAAUCGUAAGUCAACUGAUGUAGCAAAUCGAAUAGUUACACCUAUUGGUGAUCAACGUGAAUCAAAUCCAAAAUAUUAUUCUUGA